ACUGUUACAUAAGCUUGCAGUUUUCUUGUUGAUGGAGGAAGCAAACGAGAGAAGUAGAGAAAUGGCGAGAAGCAAUAGUUGUAUGUUCCCAAGAGAUUUGCUUCAGAGAUUUAUCUCUUCUAAUUCACAGGAAGGUGAUGAUGAUUAUGAAGAAGAAGAAACAGAGGAAGACGGUAUCGAGUUGAAUCUGGGGUUAUCUCUUGGCGGGAGAUUCGGAGUUGACAAAAGCAACAAGCUCGUUAGAUCUUCCUCCGUCGUGGUGACGAUGCCUCUUUUCCGGGAGAAACUUCAUCAGCCGGAGAUGAAGCCUUUUAAGCCGGAGACACCGGCGGCGGCGGCGGCGGCGACGCGGCAUACGGGUUUGAUGAGAACGACGUCGUUGCCGGCGGAGUCGGAAGAAGAGUGGCGGAAGAGGAAAGAGAUGCAGACUCUUCGGAGAAUGGCGGCUAAGAGAAGAAGAAGCGAGAAGCUUCGUAUCGGCGGCGGCGGCGGCGGCGGAAACAGCAACAAAUCAACCGAGACUAGUAAAAAUACUCCGGGAGAAGCCGCCACCGCAUCUAGGCGGCGAGGUAGACCGUCGUCGGGGCUGCCACGGUGGUCGGCGACGGCUAACAACGGCGGAAUUUUGCGGCAACAUAGUGCUGGUUUAGAUUCACUGCAGGGCUCCGUUGAGUCCCAAGGCGGCGGCGGCGGAGGCGUCGGAAGUUCUUCCGGUGAAUUAGAAAGCAAAUCUCAUCAAGGUUCGAGCGAAGAAGCAAGAAGCUUACCUUCGACGACACAACAACAACAAAAACAACAACAUGAAGCAGCAAAGCCGAGUAAUCGGCUGAGAAGAUUGAGUUCAGUGGACAUGAAGAUAGAGCCACAAGGGAAAGGGAAAAGCGAGAUGCCAUGUGUGUUCACCAAAGGAGAUGGACCAAAUGGGAAGAGAGUUGAUGGUAUUCUGUAUAGAUACGGCAAUGGAGAAGAAGUGAGGAUCAUGUGUGUCUGCCAUGGCGAUUUCUUGUCUCCUGCUGAUUUCGUUAAACAUGCUGGUGGUCCUCAUGUUGAUCAUCCUCUUAGACACAUUGUUGUCAACACUUGUUCUCCAUCUAAUAAUCUCUUAUAGACAAAACACCCUAACCCUCUCUUCAUUUGAUCACUUGACCAGAGUUUAGAGAAGAAGAUGUUUUUAAGAGUUUUAGAUCAGACAGACAACAUAUACUUUGGCUGAUUCUGGUAGUUUCU